AUUAUUUUGUGAAACAAAACAAUAAUAUCGAGGUACCAAGUCUUUUUUGCUAAAGACUGAUGUAUCCACAAUCCGUCAAUUCCUUAAGUCCUCUGGAGAUGGUGAAGACUGUCCAUUUAAACCAAUCUAUGCAGUUGUCUUAAACAUAGGACUAUUGUCUCACUAGAAAGAUAUUUAUUUAUCGGCUAUUCAUUACGGAUCUUCUAUCAACUAGCUUCUUGGAGUUAAAUAAAAUUAUAAUUGUUGUAGACUAUUCUUCAGGAUUGUGGGUAGGUAAUUAACUGCCUGGGAUCGCAAUCAAGGAGUUGAUGUAAAAAAACUUUUGUAUCAUCUAACGUAGAUCACUAGAUCCUUAUUCCUGUGGUAGAUCCGGUAUUGACUUUUGAAGGAGGGCUGGACACCGCUGCUGGUAGAAUUAGGCACAAUAUACACGCAGUAAAACUAAUAUACAACGAGAACAGCUGAAUUGUGAAAAUGCGUCCAUUAUUAUUAUUAUUUUUCGUCGUUGGUCUGAGCAGUGCGAGAUGGCUCCGUGGUGGACGCUCCAACCAGCCUAAGGACACCAGCUUUGUAGGAGAAGCGACCAGUGAACUCUCUACAGCUAUUUUCCAGGGUUACAUCGACGAUGACAGAAACAUUGCUUUCUCACCUCUUGGUUACUCGGCGAUCCUUGCCAUCCUUGCUGAAGGUGCCCGCGGAGAAACAAGAGAACAGCUGGUAUCAGCAUUACAUCUGCCCCAAGACCCUAACCUUACAAGGAAAACAUACAGAUACAUUAUGGACAGACUGAAAAACACAAACGAGUACAAAUACAACCAACCAGAGCUGAAGAACUACUUCUACAUCUACAAGAACUACACGAUCAACGAUGAUUACAAGAAGAUUCUUGAAGAUUACUACCUAACUGAAGUCAGAUCCGUUGAGCGUUACAACCCUGAACAGCAGAUACAAAUUAAUGACGAUGAUGAUACUGAUGGUGAAUUCACCGUAGAGAUCUCUGACAAGAAUGAAUAUAACAAGAACGAAGAAAUCCCAGAAAUGAUGCCUCCUAAAGAAACCGAUGAGAAACUUAUUUCCUUCGCCGUCGAUGAUAUUCCCGAGAAAGUUGACAUCACACAAAUGGAAUACAAACCCGCUAAGAACAUUAAGGAGAAGAUUAAGUUGGUGAAGACUUAUCCUAAGAAGGUUGAAUCUGAAGAUGAGGAGGAGACUAUGGUCGCCGUCGAAGCUAGGAACCACGCCAGGAGCCUGAAGUCCCUGCAAGACAUGCACGAUACCUCGUCCAGCCUUUCUGUUAACAGCGUAGGAAAGAAAUCAACCUCAAUCUCGGACUCGUUGAUGAUCAUCUUUAACGGCAUGUACUUCCGCGGCUCAUGGGAGCAUCCCUUCGAGGUCACUGAACCUGGCGUCUUCUACAAGUCUAACGUCGAAAAGAAGCAGAUACCUAUGAUGAAGACUAAAGGUACCUUCAAGACUGGAAUCCUCCCUGAACUCGACGCUGAAGCUAUCAAACUGCCUUAUGACGGUGGUCGCUAUGCCCUCCUGCUGGUGGUCCCGCGCACCCGCGACGGCCUCACCCGCCUGACCGCCGACCUGCCCAUCAUGCCGCUCUCAGAUAUCCAGGAUAGCCUUAAGGACCAGGAACUGCAAGUCUCCAUGCCUUCCUUCGCUGUUGAGACUACUACCAAGCCUGUUGCUGCUUUGGCUAAGUUUGGCGUAAGCAGUAUCUUCAGCCGUGAGGCAGACCUGACAGGCGUGUCUUCGGACGAGGGUUUGUUCGUGCAGGAGCUGGUGCAGCACGUCUCUGUUCGCGUCGACGAAGCUGACAGCUCUGCUUCUGAACUCUCGGCGUCCAACGGAGCCAUGGAAUUAUCGAAGAACCUGCCCCUCUCAACACCUACCAGACGCUUCAACGUCGAGCACCCCUUCAUCUUCUACAUCAUGGACACCCAAGACAACCUGGUUGUGGUUGCCGGCAAGGUCAUGGACCCCGAGAAAUCAUUCCUGGUUGACGACGCACUCCCCGUUUAA